UUCCUCCACCUCCCUGAGACCCCUGUUUCUCCUCAGCAUGUCCCUUCUUGGCAUCCUCUUGCUGGAGAGGUGGAAGCCCAGGUUCCUGUUUGAUUUCUCAGCACAGCCAUCGGAGGAGCCGGGAGGAGAAAGUGAGGGGGUGACUUCAGGGGCACAACCUCACCUGCUCAGUGUCCCUGAGCUGUGCCACUGUCUGGCAGAGAGCUGGGUCACCUUCAGGCUGUACCUGCAGGAACUGCUACAGUACAAGAGGCAAAAUCCUGCCAAGUUCUGCAUGAGUGUCUGUUCAGGCUGCCUGAUUCUGGCUGUAGUUGGACACUAUGUUCCAGGCAUAAUGAUCUCCUACAUCAUUUUGCUCAGCAUUCUGCUCUGGCCUCUGGUGGUCUACCACGAGCUGAUCCAGAGGAUGUACACGCGUUUGGAGCCUGUCCUGAUGAAACUGGACUACAGUAUGAAGGCAGAGACACUGCACCACAAGCAUGAGAAGAAGAAGCGACAAGGGAAGAGUGAGCCUGCAGCAGGUGAUGAGCCAACAGCAGAGACGGAGAGUGAGAGUGAGGCAGAGCUGUCAGGCUUCUCCCCGGUGGUGGAUGUAAAAAAGACUGCCCUGGCACUGUCAAUCACAGAUUCUGAGCUCUCUGAUGAGGAGGCUUCCAUCCUGGAAAGUGGGGGCUUUUCUGUCUCAAGGGCUACCACCCCACAGCUGACGGAUGUUUCUGAAGACCUGGAUCAGCAGAGCCUGCACAGCGAGCCGGAGGAGUCGUUUUCCAAGGACCUGGCAGAGUUUCCCUCCGUGGAAGAAUAUCAUUCCAGAGACCUGGGACCACAGAGCGAUGAAGAUACGUUUGGUGUGCCUCUGGGUCCCGAGCUUGCCCACGCUGCCCGUGAGCUGGACUCGGCAGAGAAGGAGGCCGCGGACUCUGAGCUCUCCAUCCUUCGCCUGGCGUCUCCUCUCCAUUUUGUAAAUACGCACUUCAACGGGGGUGGGCAAGCGGCAGGAGGCAACGCAGAGCCAAAGACUGUCCCUGCCCCAGGCCUGGGCGUCUGCAUUGACACGCUGAGCGAGGAGAUCGUCACCACUGCCAUUACCACGGCGGUGCAGAACACCCUCUCCGCCCUGCUGCGCUCCUCCGAGGCCAGCGAGGGGCCCUCCCUCUCCGAGUUCCUGCCCACUGAGCCCGAAGAGAAACUGAGCUUCCAAGCACAGCUGUCAGAGACCGAAGCGGUGGAGGCAGAGGCAGCAGCUUCACCGGAGGAUGAGGAGGAAGCAGAUGACUUUGAGCUGCUGGAUCAGGGGGAGCUGGAGCAAAUGGAUGUAGAGCUGGGGCUUGGAGAGGAGCAGGAGGAACAAGCCCCCCCUGCCGCUCCGGCUCCCCCCUCUCCCGCGCUUGCUGAGCUGCCAAAGCCAGGAGAUGAGGAGGAGGCAGUGAUGACAGCAGCAUCCAUGUCUUAGGUCUUCUUCGUGCACCCCCUUUUCCUCCAUCAUCGCUGGAAAGAAGGAAGGACUCGGGCGGUGAACGUGCAGUGGGUUUUUAGCUGUCUGUGUCGACUGGGAUGGAAACGCGUCAGUGUUAAUGUGCUGUGUCUGGAAUAACGAAUCCUCUCCACCCUUCUAGAGCCCGGCCUUCGCCGAGACGCCCCUGAGCGGGCGGCUGGGGAGGGGCCGGGGCCUAGAAGCCUCACGCCACGAUCGAAACGCCAACCCCGGCAAACGCUUCCUAGUGAUGGUGCAGUAUUUC